AAUUAAAAAUAAACACACGAGGCAAAGACAGAAAAAGAAAGAGAAAGAGUGACACAAUAGUACUGCAGCUGUACUGUACUGGCUAAAACCCCAAUCCAAGAACCCUAAUAAAACUCCUUCCCUUUCCUUUCCUUUCCAUUCCCCACACCUAAAUUCUCACUCCCUCUAAAAACCCCUCUUUCCUUUCCCUCUCUUUUUCUAAUUUCUUUCUUUUCGAUUCCUGCAAAACCCUUACAUGGGCAAGUACAUGAAGAAGUCCAAAAUCGCCGGCGACGUCGCCGCCGUGAUCAUGGAGGCUCCGCCGCCGCACUCCCACCUCGGCGUCCGCACCCGCGCCAAGACCCUCGCUCUCCAGAACAACACCACCUCCCCGGACCCCUCCGCCUACCUCCAGCUCCGCAGCCGCCGCCUCCUCAAGCUCCCCCCUACCCCGCCGGAAAAUCCCCGCCGCUCCUCCGCCGAAACCGCCGCCAAUUUCCGCCUCGCCAACGCCCAAAAGCUUGCAUCUUUCGAAGACGACAACAACACCGAAUGCUCUUUCGGCGAGAAUUUCUUAGACGCCGAGCCCAGAGAAGAAAGGAGCACCAGGGAAGGCACCCCUUGUAGUUUAAUAAGGGACUCAAAUGCCAUUCAUACCCCUGGUUCAACCACAAGGCCAAGGACUCGCCAAAUAAUCCAUGAACACGUACAAAGAAAUAUUCCAACGGCUUAUGAGAUGGAGGAGUUCUUUGCUUAUGCUGAGAAGCAGCAACAAACAAUAUUUAUGGACAAGUACAAUUUCGACAUUGUCAAUGACGUACCUCUGCCUGGACGGUACGAGUGGGUCCCAGUACUCCACUAGGAGUGUCAUAUGGUGGUGAUUAUAUAUAUGGAUUGCAAGAACCAUUCGACGUGUAUUUUAAUUUUAACAACUAGAAGAAGCUUUCACUAACCAUUUAGAUUGCUUGAGGCUGUUGUUUAACAAGCUACAAGGGAAAGGAUCUGUUUAGAAAUUUCCAAUAUCUGAUUAGUAGUUUAGUAGUGUCUUUCUGAUUUGUAGGGUGUAGGGGGGGUAUAUGGUAUAUCUAGUUUUUAGGUCAUCUUUAUUGUAAUUUCAUUACCUUCUGUUUAUAUAAUUCAGUGGGGAUUAGACAUGAUGUUUAUGUAGAGAGUAGUACUCAUCCAUCUAAGGUCCUCAUGCUGGAAAUUUGGCUUGGGGACCAUCUUAGUGUUUUAUGCCCCCACAGGACCACAAGGAAUACCUUUAAUGUUAGGGAAGGGAUUCAAACAUAAGAUGCAUGACAACCUGUGAGUGUGUGCUUGUUUAAGUGUUUAAACUCACAUUCAUCGGAAAAUUACGCUUUCAAAAGCUAUAGCAAUGCGAGGGCAGUUUUUUUUUCAAA